AAGGAGGCCUGGGUAAAAGGAGGAGGAGUCAGGAGGCAUCGGGAAGGGACCCAGGAGCGCCGGGCACUCCAGCAGUCCCGACGGGUGGGCAGGACCUAAAAAGGGACGCCACGCCCCCUCAAGGAUUGUUUGCAUAUUUAUGAGGCACCACCGAGCUCGUUGGAGGACCUGAAAGGCUAGAGUGGCCCAAAGCGGCUUCUUUCUAGCGCAUUUCCGUUUCCGUUAGGAUAUUGGCGGUUGUUGAGCAUCAUGGCAACCGUGACAGCCACAACCAAGGUCCCAGAGAUCCGGGAUGUGACGAGGAUUGAGCGGAUUGGCGCUCACUCCCACAUCCGCGGGCUGGGGCUGGAUGACGCCUUGGAGCCACGGCAGGCUUCCCAGGGCAUGGUGGGGCAGCUGGCGGCCCGGCGGGCGGCCGGUGUGGUGCUGGAGAUGAUCCGGGAAGGGAAGAUCGCUGGGCGGGCCGUCCUCAUCGCAGGCCAGCCCGGCACCGGGAAGACGGCCAUCGCCAUGGGCAUGGCACAGGCCCUGGGCCCUGACACGCCGUUCACAGCCAUCGCCGGCAGCGAGAUCUUCUCCCUGGAGAUGAGCAAGACGGAGGCGCUGACGCAGGCCUUCCGGCGGUCCAUCGGCGUUCGGAUUAAGGAGGAGACAGAGAUCAUCGAAGGGGAGGUGGUGGAGAUCCAGAUUGACCGGCCAGCAACAGGCACGGGCUCCAAGGUGGGCAAGCUAACCCUCAAGACCACGGAGAUGGAGACCAUCUACGACCUGGGCACAAAGAUGAUCGAGUCCCUGACCAAGGACAAGGUCCAGGCCGGGGAUGUGAUCACCAUCGACAAGGCCACAGGCAAGAUCUCCAAGCUGGGCCGUUCCUUCACACGGGCCCGGGACUAUGACGCCAUGGGUUCCCAGACCAAGUUCGUGCAGUGCCCGGACGGGGAGCUCCAGAAGCGCAAGGAGGUGGUACACACCGUGUCCCUGCACGAGAUCGACGUCAUCAACUCCCGCACGCAGGGCUUCCUGGCGCUUUUCUCUGGUGACACAGGUGAGAUCAAGUCAGAAGUCCGAGAGCAGAUCAAUGCCAAGGUGGCCGAGUGGCGUGAGGAGGGCAAAGCCGAGAUUAUCCCUGGGGUGCUUUUCAUCGAUGAGGUCCACAUGCUGGACAUCGAGAGCUUCUCCUUCCUCAACCGGGCUCUGGAGAGUGACAUGGCACCCGUCCUCAUCAUGGCCACCAACCGCGGCAUCACCCGCAUCCGGGGCACCAGCUACCAGAGCCCCCACGGCAUCCCCAUCGACCUGCUGGACCGCCUGCUCAUCGUCUCCACCACGCCCUACAGUGAGAAGGACACGAAGCAGAUUCUGCGCAUCCGGUGUGAGGAGGAAGACGUGGAGAUGAGCGAGGACGCCUACACGGUGCUGACCCGCAUCGGCCUGGAGACCUCCCUACGCUACGCCAUCCAGCUCAUCACGGCCGCCAGCCUGGUGUGCCGGAAACGCAAGGGCACAGAGGUGCAGGUGGAUGACAUCAAACGGGUCUACUCGCUCUUCCUGGACGAGUCCCGCUCCACGCAGUACAUGAAGGAGUACCAGGACGCCUUCCUCUUCAACGAGCUCAAAGGCGAAACCAUGGACACCUCCUGAGCCGAUGUCGCCCCCGCCCACUCCGCCCUCCCCUGUUUUCUACCAGAGUGACUUUAUAUAAAAU